AAUAAAUAUGGACGAAAACAAACAUAACCUCAAAAUCAAAUAUUUUGUAUUUAUUUUCCUUUUAAUUAAAACAUUUCACUAAUAAAUAAUUAUGGCAGAAACUUUAAAAUUAAAUAUCCAAUUCGGAGGCGGAGCAGAGCUGCUUUUUGAUAAGAUAAAGAAACGUGAGGUCGAAUUGCCUGCUCUAAAAAAGUACUUUCCCGAAAUUUCAAAAGAAAACUGGACCAUCAAGGAGCUUUUGCAGUGGAUAAAGGAUAACCUACUAAAGGAGAGGCCGGAAUUGUUCUUGCAGGGUGACUCCAUAAGGCCUGGUAUACUGGUGCUCAUAAAUGAUGCAGACUGGGAACUCUAUGGUGAAUUGAAUUACGAACUACAAGCAAACGAUACAAUAAUGUUCAUAUCUACGUUGCAUGGGGGAUAAGUUUAAGUGUAUUAAUUAUUUUAAGUUUAAAUAAAUUUAUUUUAUAAUUGU